CCAAACACACCGUUAAGCGCUAAGCAGCACAUGUCCUGAGACUUUGUGGAAACUUCUUGAGAGGACUGAAGAAAGUCGAACUCCAAACAGGAGCAACAGAAGGAGAGAGUAGAGCAGAGGACCAUCCGCUUACAACAUUACACCUCUGCGGACACCCGAGGAUUAGUAAAGCCCCAAAAAGCUCUGCAUUCUCCAGCUAUAACACUGACCUGCGAGAAGAACUUGCGCUGGAUGUAAGAGCGCUCAGAGGCAGAAGAAAUGCGCAGAGGAACAGUGAAAGAGCCGCACGGGUGCCAGCGCAACUUCACACUGAUCAUCGUGCUGCUCGUAGUCAACUGCGGGGCAGAGAUUCCUUCAGACCCAAACGUGUUGGCCGCUUCCAGUUGGAACAUGUCCAGUGGUGGUGAAAGAGAUCACUUUCUCAGGCUGGAUGCUCCAAUGAAUAACAUCACUACCUCCCUCGGACAGACAGCUGAGUUACAUUGCCACGUUUCAGGGAAUCCACCACCUACAGUUCGCUGGCUUAAAAACGAUGCCCCUGUGGUCCAGGAACCGCGGCGUGUCUCUUACAGGCCCGCUUCGUACGGCUCCCGCCUAAGAAUCCGAAACCUGGACACCACAGACACCGGCUACUUCCAGUGUGUGGCUACCAACACCUAUGGCACAGUAUCUACCACAGGAAUCCUGUUUGUCAAGUUCGAUCCAGCUCCCACCCCUCUGUCUGGAAGGCCUUCACCAGAGGAUUUUGAAGAGGAAGGUUUCUGCCAGCCAUAUAGAGGAAUUGCGUGCGCUCGCUUCAUAGGAAACAGGAGUAUCUUCGUGGACUCGCUGCAGAUGCAGGGCGAGAUUGAGACCCAAAUCACAGCGGCUUUCACCAUGAUAGGCACCUCCAAUCACCUGUCAGAUCGCUGCUCCCAGUUCGCUAUCCCAUCCUUGUGCCACUUUGCCUUCCCCACAUGUGAUCGCAGCUCUGGCAUGGACAAACCCCGGGACUUGUGCAAAGACGAGUGUGAGAUUCUGGAGAACGACCUGUGUAAGACAGAGUACAUCAUUGCUCGUUCUAACCCCCUCAUCCUCAAGCGCCUCAAAUUGCCCAACUGUGAAGAACUGGCCGCUUUGGACAGUCCAGAGGCUGCUAAAUGCAUGAGAAUAGGAAUCCCAAUAGCAGAGACCAUAAAUAAAAGCCACAAAUGUUAUAACAACAGUGGUUCAGACUACCGCGGGACAGUCAGCGGGACUAAAUCUGGUCAUCAGUGUCAGCCGUGGAACUCGCAGUAUCCCCACAGCCACACCUUCCUGGCUAUGCGCUACCCAGAGCUCAACGGGGGACAUUCCUACUGUCGCAACCCCGGCAACAAGCACGAUGCUCCCUGGUGCUUCACCUUAGAUGAGAGUGUGCGCAUGGAGCUCUGCGACAUUCCUCCAUGUGAUUUGCCCAAGCAUGGCAGCAGCAGUAUGGGGAUCCUCUACAUCCUGGUACCAAGCGUUGCUAUACCGCUAGCCAUCGCCCUGCUGUUCUUCUUCAUCUGUGUGUGUCGAAACAACCAGAAAGCCUCACGUCCACCAGCCCCAUGCCAGCCCAAACCAGUACGUGGUCAGAAUGUGGAGAUGUCCAUGCUCACAGCAUACAAACCAAAGAGUAAAGCCAAAGAGCUUCCUCUGUCUGCAGUGCACUUCAUGGAGGAGUUGGGCGAGAGCAACUUUGGUCAAAUCUACAAAGGCCACCUGUACCUGCCAGGCAUGGAGCAAGCUCAGCUAGUGGCUAUAAAAACACUGAAGGACAUCUCAAGUGCACAACAGUGGGGCGAUUUCCAGCAGGAAGCAUCUGUCCUGGCAGAACUUCAUCAUCCCAAUGUGGUUUGUCUCCUGGGUGUUGUGACCCAAGAGCAGCCCGUCUGCAUGCUCUUCGAGUUUCUAGCUCAAGGGGACCUCCACGAGUUUCUCAUCAUGCGCUCUCCACACUCAGAUGUGGGCUGCAGUAGCGACGAAGACUGUACCGUCAAAUCCAGCCUCGACCAUGGAGACUUUCUUCACCUGGCCAUUCAAGUUGCAGCCGGGAUGGAGUACCUAGCAAGCCAUCUUUACGUCCACAAAGACCUUGCGGCAAGAAACAUUCUGGUUGGUGAGCAACUUCACAUCAAGAUUUCCGAUCUUGGCUUGUCAAGAGAAAUCUACACCUCCGAUUAUUACCGAGUCCAGCCCAAAACGCUCCUUCCUAUUCGCUGGAUGCCACCAGAAGCCAUCUUUUACGGGAAGUACACAACAGACUCUGACAUUUGGGCGUUCGGUGUGGUUCUGUGGGAGAUCUUCAGCUACGGCCUGCAGCCCUAUUAUGGUUUCAGCAACCAGGAAGUGAUGGAGAUGCUGCGGAAGAGGCAGCUGCUGCCCUGCCCGGAGGAUUGCCCCCCUCGUAUGUACGUGCUGAUGACCGAGUGCUGGCAGGAGGGUCCCGCUCGAAGACCAAGAUUCAAAGACAUCCACGCCCGACUACGUGCUUGGGAGGGUCUGUCCUCCCACGCCAGCUCCAGCACACCAUCAGGAGGCAACGCCACCACCCAGACUACCUCUCUGAGCGCCAGCCCCGUCAGCAACCUCAGCAGCCCGCGCUAUGCUGGAUACAUCUACGGACCUCCGCAGAGCCUCCCACCAGGACAAAUCGCAGGCUUCAUGGCAGCACAGAUUCCUCUAAACCAGCGUUUUAUACCUGUAAAUGGAUACCCUAUCCCAACAGGCUAUGCUGCCUUCCCUGCUGCCCAUUUCGCUCCAACUCAGGGCCCUCCACAGGUGGUGCAGCACUGCCCUCCUCCGAAGAGCCGGUCGCCCAGCAGCGCCAGCGGCUCAACCAGCACGGGUCAUGUGACCAGCAUCCCCUCCACAGGCUCCAAUCAUGACGCCAAUACACCUUUGCUUUCUCAUUGUGUCACUCUGACACCCAUGACAGCAGUGUCAGGUGGCCCAAUGGCAGUUUUUGGACAUAUGACACAGAAGACUAUGCAAAUAGACCCAAGUCAGGCAGCGCUGCUGGCUGACACUAACAGACUGAUGUACAGUGAAUCCUUCAUCACUGCCGAUUUGUGAAUAGAUGUGUUGAACUGUAUAUUGGUUUAUUGAAUUAUUGAUAUUUUAAUGAUUUUUUUCCCUUGUAAAUAUGAAAUAGCCUGAACAAAAUGCGAAAAUUUUUAUUUUAAUGUUGUUUAAUAAUUGUGUUUUUAAGGAAACUUGUAUAUUCACAAAUGCUCUGUGAAGUUCAUGCCAAUUUUUCAACUUAGU